UGCAAGCUCAACCCAUCUCUGCUGCUGCUUCCACUCUGGUGUCUUGUCCUGAGCACACAAGGAGGUUUGGUGCAAACAUCCUUGCACACAUUUGUCAGCUGCCUUGGAAGCUUUGUUUGUCCAAGCCUGGACACUUCCCCUCAGCCUCUCUGCCCUUGCAUUAGUUCUACCCUAAAGAGCUGCUUUAUUUCCCUGACUGAAGGGCAACGAUGAUCCUGCUCUGCAUCCUCAUUUUGCAAGUUUUGCCAUUUACUGGAGCUGCCUUGCUCUUUGCUGGGUCUUGUGCCUUUGAAGACAGCAGUUGUGGUUAUGAAUCAGAUGAAACAUUUUUGCCAUGGACUUUAAAUGAAGCAGGUCAUUACAUUUCUGUGGAUACUUCCUCCCAAGGAGAGAGAGCAGUACUCCUCAGUCCUGAACUGCAGACUGAAGAGUGGAGCUGCAUCAGACUCAUCUAUCAGAUUGCAACAAGUUUAGAGUCUUUAUCUGAUCCUACCAGGCUGAAUCUUUAUGUCAGGCAAGAAGGAGAAAGCUUUGAUUGUUUGCUCUGGUCAGCCAAGGAACCUUCAGAUAGCUGGCUUAUAGCCAGUUUAGAUUUAACAAACCGUACAAAGAAAUACAAGAUUGUACUGGAAGGUAUAUUGGGACAAGAUAAGUUUGCCAGUAUAGCAAUUUUUGAAAUUAAAAUAACUCCUGGAUACUGUAUUGACUGUGACUUUGAAGAAAAUCAUCUGUGUGGCUUCAGGAACCACUGGAACCCCAAUGUGAACUGGUUUGUGGGUGGAGGAAAUAUUCGGAAUUCACAAUCUAUCCUUCCUAGAGACCAUACGCUUAACAGUGAAUUUGGCCACUACAUGUAUGUGGAUUCUGUUUAUGUCAAGCAUUUUCAGGAAGUGGCUCAGCUAAUCUCACCUAGGACAAGCAUUCCCAUGUCUGGCUGUUUAUCCUUUUAUUACCAACUGAAGCAGGAGAGUGGCAUUGUUUUUACCCUCUAUAUCCGAGAUACAAGUGGCUUUUAUGAAGAGAUUUGGAAAACAGACGGUACAGUGAAUGAAGAGUGGAGUUUAGCAGAGGCUGACUUUGACUCACCAUACCCAGUAGAGGUUAUUUUUGAAGUUGCCUUCAAUAGUCCUAAGGGGGGCUAUGUUGCUCUUGAUGACCUUUCUUUCUCCCCAGUUUAUUGCAGCAAUCAGACAGGGCUUUCUUUCAAUCCUGCAGAGGCAAGCUGCAAUUUUGAGGAAGAUCUGUGCAAUUUUUAUCAGGAUCGCAAGGAUGGCCCUGGUUGGAGCAGAGUGAAAGUAAAGCCUAACGUGUAUAGGACAGGAGAUCACACUACAGGAUUUGGUUAUUACUUGCUGGUGAACACAAAAUUUACAUCUCAGCCUGGGUACAUUGGACGUCUGUAUGGCCCCUCUCUGCCAGGAAACUUGCAGUAUUGUCUGCGGUUUUAUUAUUCCUUAUAUGGAUUUUUCAAAAUGAGUGGUACUCUGGCUGUUUAUAUCUUUGAGGAGAAUCAUGUAGUUCAAGAAAAAAUCUGGUCUGUCUUGGAAUCCCCAAGGGGAGUCUGGACUCAAGCUGAAAUCACCUUCCAAAAGCCCAUGCCUUGCAAGGUUGUGUUUGUGAGCUGGUGCAAAAGCUUUUGGGACUGUGGGCAUGUGGCUCUGGAUGAUAUAUCAGUGAGCCUGGGAAGCUGCCAAGCUGCUGAGACACUGCCAGCUUAUCCUGGAGAAUGUACUUUUGAAAAAGGUGAAUGUGCAUUCACCCAGGAGAGGAGAAACCGAAGCAGUUGGCAUAGGAGGAGGGGUCAAACUCCCACUUCUUACACUGGACCCAAAGGAGACCACACUACUGGGGUAGGCUACUACAUGUAUAUUGAGGCAUCCAACAUGAUGUAUGGACAGAAGGCACGUUUGACUUCAAGAUCAUUAAGAGGGAUUUCGGGAAAACAGUGCUUAACAUUUUUCUAUAAUAUGUUUGGAGCUGGGACUGGAAUAUUAAAUGUUUAUAUGAAAAAGGAAGGUGAUAGUGAAGAGACUCUGCUAUGGAGAAGAAGAGGUGAACAGAGCAUCACCUGGCUAAGGGGCCUGAUAGAAUAUGGCUGUGAUACAUACCAUCAAAUUGUAUUUGAAGCAAUUAGGGGAGUCUCCAUAAGAAGUGACAUUGCUAUAGAUGACAUUGUCUUCCAAGCAGGACCCUGUAUAGAAAUGGAAGACAUGAUUCUGCAUUCAUCAGGGUAUUCUGAAGACCUCAAUGAAAUUGAAUACUGAAUACAUUUUUCUGAUACAGUUGAAGAACUAUGUAAGUUUUAUAUGUGAGGAACUGCACAACUCCAUGGGUUUUUUUAAAAGAAUGAUAAAUACUGUACUGUUUUGAAUAUGUCACUGACAUGUACAGCAGACUCGGAGCACUUCUGCUCUUUGCAUUUGCAACAGAAUUAUUGACUCAGGGCUUUUCAAAUAUUUCUAUUGUAUUAUGUUGUGUUUUGCAUGUGACAUCAAUUAUUACAUAAGGGCUUUCCAUUUUGCACAGAUCAUUCAAAAAUACUUUAGAGCUUUUUUGUAAAUCUUUUUGGCAUAUACGUAAAGAGAAUUAAAAUCUGAUGUGCUAUCUUAAAUCUGCAUUCAGUGAAUGUUUUGGGUUGGGUAGAAAGUGGGUUCUGCUGUUUUUUAUUUUGAGGCUUAUACAUAUUUUGAAAUAAUGAAGUAAAUAGUAUUAGAUGUUAGUAAUACACUGCAGAUUGAAUGCAAUUAUUCAUUAUAACAAAUCUCUCAGAAGAUAUAAUCUCAUACUGGUAAUACUUUAAAUGUUCCAUAUGAAUGCUUUUUUGUUAUUUCUUGCCAGAGCAAUUACAGUAAUGAAUCUAUUUGUCAUCCAUGUGUAUAACAAAUAGACUUCCAUUAAUGUUCCAGUGCAAUUCAGUGUAAGUUAAUGCUUUAUUAAAAUGCAGUGCUGUUGGCUUGCAUGUCUUAGAGACAGCACAUUUUUUAAAAAAUGUAAACAUAGUUAUUUAAAUAAAUUGGUUUAUACAUUCACAUAGAAUAUACUUUUUAUAUGCUGUACCCAACCACAACUGAUUUUCAUUUAUGUUAAUAAGAAAUUGAGUUCACACAACAUGUUAACUCAUAGGACGUGAUAUGUGUGUUUUUGUAUUCAAGAUUGCUGUUAUAAAAUUA